AGGGAGGAAAGGGUAAUGAAGGACUAGGUUGCCCUGGAGAUCCCUUCAGGGAAGGUCAGAGGUCAUGCUCGGAAGAGCCGCGAGACUGUGCAUCUAGUAAAAGUUAAAAAAAAAAAAAACAACUUAGGUGGAAAUAAGCUAAUAGAAGUAGAGUUUAAAAGGUUGUAAUUGGGGGGCACUGGGGCUUAAAUGGGCUAAGGAUUCUUUGGGGGGAGGUCAGAGGUCAUGAAGUUGGAAGCGGUGGCGUGGGCCGACUGCGGUUACCGAGGUUACCACGCUCCUUGCCUGCUCCUCCUCCUUUCUCCUCCCCCCCCCGAACGUUCUAGGCCGCGGUCCUCCCGACUCUAUGAUAUGCUGAGAAGUGCUGUUUUUCUCUCUCUUUUUUUUCUUUAGGUGGGAGGUGUGUAUGUGAGAGGGGGAAGGGGGGAUACUCAUAUUGGAACACUACAAGGAGGAAAGGCACGCGCCUGCGCACUCGCCGCUUCUGGAUGGGUCUGUCGGAAGCGGAAAUAACUGGAUUCUCUCUCCCUCCAUAUACCGCCCCCUUCUCCCGCCGGCCGCGACUCUCCUCGCUGCAAUUUCGCUGGCCGUGAUGCCCAAGAGGGGGAAGCAGCGGCCACCGGACCCCGAGGAGAGUGGGGAUGAGGAGAGUGGGAGCCCCGCUGGUCCACCCAGCCUCUUGGGCCCUCCUCCCAUAGCCAAUGGAAAGUUUGGUGGCCCUGAUCCAGGCUUCCACAGAAGCCCUCAGGGCUUAAGGGGACCAGUGAUUCCACCACUCCUCAGCCUCCCACUCCCUUUUUGGGGAGGAUGCCCAAUGAGAGGGGGCCCAGGACCUAGGCCUCGACCAUACCUACAUAGCCGUUGGGCCUAUGAGGAUCCAGAACCUAGGUGGGGAACAGGCUAUGGGGAUCAUGCCAGGAAUGGUCCUCCCAAUGGAUGGAGAAACCUUGGAGGGGGCAGUAGCCACCAUCCGUCUAAGAAUAUCCCCUGGCCCAAGAAUGACCCUCAACUCAAGGAUGGAGUCCAGGAAGGUGAUAGAACAGAUAAAUCCAAUCGCCCUAUCUGCAGACAUUUUUCAAAGGGCCACUGCCGCUAUGAAGAUCUUUGUGCCUUCUACCACCCAGGGGUGAAUGGACCUCCAUUGUAAAACUGUGCCUUCCACGAGUCAGGCUCCAGUGGACCUUUUCUAUCCUGGAAGCCCAUUACCCUGUUGUUCUUUGUUGGCUUCUCAAAGGUGUUACUGCCCAAUGCCUCCAGCCAAGGAAGGAGCCUGAGCCUGAUCCUCUUUCCUCCCUACCUGAGGGUCUAGGAGGAUAGGGGGUCGGGGAGAGGGAAUGAGGAGAGUGGCAGAAGAGGUUUUUUAAAAAAUAAUGUUUUAUUGAUAACUUUUGGUUUUUACACCAUUGUCACUUCCCAGUAACACUCUUCCCUCAACCCUGUCUUGUAACAAAGAAAAUCACUUACACAAACAAGUCAUCAAAUGGACCACAUCUCACAGUGUAUGCAGCAUUCCACAUCAGUAGUGGUCUGAAAGAUUUUCCAUUCGUUGAUCUGCAUCAUCUGUGUUUCCUCUAUUAGAGGUGUAAUGGGGGGAGAGGUUUUGAUUUCAAUGCUAUAUUCCUUUACUCUUCUUUCCCCUGAUAAGUUGUAAUGGAAACCCAAUUGGUGCUGUUCACCCACAACUUUUCCCUUUCAAGUAUUACUUGUGGUUCUUGUGAGACCUGUGGUUCUUGUGAGCCCCUGGAUAGUUUUGAAAAAAGACACUAUCUUGACUUUAGUCUUGUCUUUUUAGUGGUGUCCUCCAAGCCCCUUCCUCACCUUCAGCAAUAGAUCUGAGAAAUUCCCUGUAGCAAGAUACCUUGUGAUUCACCCGAUUUCCCCAUCUCCCCAAGUCAUUCUGAGUGUGAAAUAAUGGUCCUUUAACUUACUCCUAAUUUCCCUUCCCUUCCUCUCCUUUCCCCAUAUCUUAAUUGGAUUCUGUGAAUCUCCACCCAGUAUAGAUCUCUGGGCAAUGAAAUUCCCCUAUCUCACUGGUUGGAGUUUAGAUGAUACUACUGCCUUUACUGUUUUCCUUACCUUUUUCCUGUGUAGGUUUUCUGUGAAAACAGAUUUUAAGAUGUAUGAGUAGAGCCUGGAGAAAGAUUAGGGGAUGUGGGGAAAUGGAGGGACUGGAGCCAUGACUGGUUGAAAAGUCUUUGUUUUAGCGCUUUUUUUUUUAAAGUAAUAAACUCAAAAGAAACAUUUUAUUUAAUCCUGGUAUUCCUGUAGUCUGUAUAUGAGGAACAGAGAGUAUUCUAGUAUAAGCUAAAAUACACAUUCCUCUUUGGCACUUAAAACCUUCUACUCUUGGCUCCAGCUUGUUUUUUAAUGUUUUAUUUCCCAUUGCUUUUUAUGCCCUCUUGUGUUUCCUACUCAACUGGCUUAUUUGCUGUUGCCCAAUACAGGACAUUUCAUUUCCUGCUUCUAAACCUUACCCUCAUUACCUGAAAUGUUCAUCCACCUCACCAUUGCCUCUCAGUAUCCCCUAACUCUUAAAGGCUUAGUUCACAUGCAACAUCCUGCACAAAUCUGAUCUCCCUAGUUGCUGGACUCCAUUCCAAUACCUUUGUAUAUACUUCAUAUUUACCUAUCUAUAUUCAUGUUGUUUGUAUCUUUCCCUUUCCCUAUAGUAGAAUGUAAGCUUAAGGGCAGAGAUUUGUUUUUGUUCCAGUGUGUCCCUGUUGCUGAGUACAAUGCCUUGCACAUAAGCAGGCACUUAAUAAAUUCUUGAAUUGAGUUAUAUUGAAUCGUUGAA